AUGGAGACUAAGCAGUCUGAGCAGACUCAGGCCGAGGAAUAUCCAGCUCCAGCUCCAGCUCCAGCUCCCCCUAACGGUGGAUUGGCGGCCUGGUCGGGCGUCUUUGCCUCGUUUCUCCUCUUCCUCACCACCUGGGGCUUUUCGACAGCUUUCGGUGCAUUCCAGAGCUACUACCAAUCCGAUCUGCUGCACACCAGCUCUCCGUCUCGCAUUGCUUGGGUGGGCACUGUCAAUGCCUUUUUCCUCAUCUCCACUGGCGUCAUCGCCGGUCCCCUUUUCGAUCGGGGAUACCUCCACCAUCUGAUGAUCGCCGGCUGUUUCCUGACCACCUUCGGGCUCAUGAUGCUGAGUCUGUCCACGCAGUACUACCAAGUGUUUCUCUCCCAAGGAGUCUGUUGUGGCCUGGGUAGUGGCUUGAUCUACGUCCCCGCCUUGUCAUUAGUCUCAACGCGCUUUACAACGCGGCGUGGCAUUGCAGUUGGCCUGGUCACCUCAGGCGCGAGCGUGGUCCCGCUGUUGAUGGUGACCACCAAGACCCGACGCAGUCCUCCCCGGCAGCUCAUCCACUGGCAUGCGAUGAAGGAAUGGAGUUUCAACGCUUAUGGGAUCGCCAACUUCCUCAUAUUCAUGGCCUACUUCAUUCCGCUCUUCUACGUCCCUGCCUUUGCCUCUACCGCCCUCCACUCUUCCACUGACCUUAGUUUUUACAUGGUCUCCAUCCUCAACGCAGGCUCCGCAUUCGGCCGCAUCGGGUCCUCCCUUCUGACCUACCGACUCGGCGCCAGUAGCAUCCUACUUGCCAGCGUGAUUGCUUCGGCGGUGCUCCUUUUUGGCUGGAUUGGCAUCCACUCAGUCGCCUCAUUUGUCGUCUUCUGUGUGCUCUUCGGUAUUUUCUCUGGCGUGCUCAUCUCCGCUAAUCCGCUGGUCAUUGCCCACCCGGUAGUCUCGCCCACCCCUUCAGUGAUUGGGACGCGUAUGGGCAUGCAGUGGUUUGCUACCAGUCUCGGCGUGUUGAUUGGGGCGCCUAUUGCGGGCGUUAUUGAGGGUCAUGGUGGAGAUAAUGGCUUUCUGGGAUUGCAAAUCUUCAGUGGAGCGGGGAUGGCUGCGGGAGCUGCGUUUCUGCUGGUACCCCUUAUGGCAGUUUGGCGACAUGAUCAUAUGCAAAACAAGGCGUAA